CUGCGGGCUGAGAAAACACAAGAGCCGUCGCUGUCGCCACAGUCGGAGCCGUCUCAGCCACCGCCUGGGGCCGCCGGGACUCUGCACCUCGCCGCCCCCGCCCAGCCUGCCGCGCCAUGCCAUCGGAGAAGACCUUCAAACAGCGCCGAACCUUCGAACAAAGAGUAGAAGAUGUCCGACUUAUCCGAGAGCAGCAUCCUACCAAAAUCCCGGUAAUAAUAGAACGAUACAAAGGUGAGAAGCAGCUUCCAGUCCUGGAUAAAACAAAGUUCCUGGUGCCUGAUCAUGUCAACAUGAGUGAGCUCAUCAAGAUAAUUAGAAGGCGCUUACAGCUCAACGCUAAUCAAGCCUUCUUCCUGUUAGUGAAUGGACAUAGCAUGGUGAGUGUGUCCACGCCAAUUUGUGAAGUGUAUGAAAGCGAGAAGGAUGAAGAUGGAUUCCUGUAUAUGGUAUACGCCUCUCAGGAGACUUUUGGAAUGAAAUUGUCUGUGUAAGACUAAAAAAAAAUGUGUGUUCUAGAAUUUAAACCCUUACCAAGGAAUAAAAAAAGGGAUGUUACCAACUGAGAUUGAUCAGUUCACCUCAUCACAGAUCAUCAAAACAGUAGUAGUGUUCCUGCCUAGGAGUUUUUAGGAAGUUGUUUUUUUGUACUCAGGCAGAAAAACUGAGCUCCACAUGAGCACAUUCAGCUUUGGGAAACUUCAUUAUUUAACCUAGGCUGUCUUGUUUUCAAAUUUAGACGUUUAAAAAUAAAAUACUUUGCAUUCUCAGUUGCCAAUAAAAUAGACCUUCAAGUUAUUUUAAUGUUUUUCCCCCAAAAGGAACUUGCAAUUUGAGCAUUCAGAGAGACAUUCAGUCUUCUCUCUAGGUUCACAGAACCUGCCAGCUUUUUAUAGAAGGGUUUCUACUCAACUAGAGAAAUCUCCUUAAGAGCAUCUUUAAGCCUAAAUUGUCAGGCACAGCCACCCCGCACCCCCAGCCCAUUUGCCGUAACAGCUGGCAGAAAGCAGGGUGGCCGGGGGUGAUAGGAAAUAAGCAAGCGGAGCUGCUGUCCAGGGCUCCUGAUUGCUAAUAGGCGUAUUUCACAUCAGUGCUCUUGUCACGAAGUGUUCAUUUGGUUUGUUCUCUAGACAGUAAUGCAGAAAAAUACCACGGCUCAACAGGAGCCUUGAAUAAUUUAUAAUUUUGGUCAAGUUUCUCAAAAGACCUAGAGAAAGAGAAUGACGUUUUUUUUGUUUUGACUAUUCUCUUAAGAGCUCAAAAUAGUGCCUGUUUUGGUAAAUAAACAAGCAGUUACAUGGGUUUCAUUCUUUGGGACAAAGGUAGAAAGCUACAGGAUACUGAAACAAAAAGCAUUAAAAUUCAGAUACACUUCCUCAACCUUUUGGCUUAAAGCUGUAGAUGAUCCGUGUUUUAUGUUAAGUGUGUGACUAAAAUAUGUUAUUAAAAAGCAUCUUUAAGGGUAUUUCAGUUAUCACUGUUAGGUCAAGCAGUCCUCAAAAUGCCCCCACUCCAUGUGCAUGUCAGUUUUGAAAGUAGCAAAAGGAAACAUGUUCUUCACAGAUAUUAAUGUCAAAUGUUAAUAAGCAUUUUCAAAGUCCAACUAGAAUAAAUAACCAGUGCUUCCUACUACCUGCAUGGGGUUCACUAUACACUGUUUUUGUGAGAGCUGUCACAGAAGGAUCACAGACCCACUUGAGACUGUGCAUGUGGCAGGCCACCAUUUAUUUACCCUGGUGUAUUUAGAUGUGUGUGGAAAACUUGUAUCUGUGAGUGGCAGUUAUUUAUUGUAACUGAGGAAGAAAAAGCAGUAUUACUGCAUACGGGCCCUCAACCCCAGUCAGCAUGCAUCUGUCUACGUGGCUAACUUUUAAUAUGUAUAUUUUUACAUUAUGUAAAUUCUUAAUUAGCCUGUCUUGUUUAGAUUGUAUACAUCAUUAUAUCUGACAUUCUUGUAACUACUAUGUGAUCGAUAAGAUUCCUUUAAGAAACUCUGCUUUUUAAAGACAAAGUACCACGCUGAGAGGGGUGACUUACUUAUGUCCCACAUUAGCGGGUGGUUACCCUAUUUAUAGGAUCUUUAAAACAAGUACAUUUUUAACGAACUAAGGUGAAUAAAGGCACAAUUAAAAACUGUCAUCAAAGUUCAGUUUAAUG